AUGGAAACAAUUGCAUCAUUAAAACCGAAUUGGUCUAUUGCACUUAGUUAUUCUAAGGAAAACUUGACCCAUUUACUGACUGAGCUGUCUGCGAAAGGGCUUCACGCCUUAACGAGGCCAGGACAUGAUAGCUCUACAAUUUACGUAUUUGUGAGAGAUUGUUCCGAUGCAAUCCCUCAGAUCGUUAAAGAACUUCCCUAUGUUCAAAGUGUAGUUGCAUUGCGUGAUAAUAGCAAACUCUUAGAAGCUGAAGGGUUAUCAGUAAAAGCCUCGACUAUGGCGCUACUCCCUACAUCUGAGCAGAUUACAAAAUUAGCUCGGGUCACUGGUUCGCCAGCAAGUGCCAUGUAUUUUGCUUAUGCCAGGAACUAUACACGAUGGCUCAUGCUCCUUUCUUUGAUCGGUGCUUCGUUUCGAUUGUUUUCAAAACAAGCACCUUGGGAAUUCAAUACAAAUUACUCCAUAAUCGCAUUGCUUUGGGCAAUUACUUUUGUUUCCAUUUGGGUAGGAAAGUUAGAGCCCCUCUAUGCCAAGAAAUAUUCCUAUAGUAAACCGUUUACGGUAACAACCAGUUCCCAGCGUUUGGUUUUUAUAAAGAAACUGUGUUUCAUUCCCGUUGCUCUGCAAUUUGCUGCCUGUUUGAUUUGCUUUCAAUUUUUCUGUUUUGUUCUUGAAAUUUUCAUCACUCAGAUUUAUCAAGGACCCCUUGGUUCUAUUUUGGCCUUGCUUCCCACUGCUCUCAUUUGUUCAUAUGUGCCUAUCUUAACUAUUUUCUAUGAUAAGGUAAUUGACAAAUUGGUUUCAUGGGAGAAAUCUGUGGAUCCAAAACAAUCUAAAAUCGAAAAAAAGUUCGUUUUCACUUUUCUCACCAGCUAUGUUCCUCUUUUGAUCACACUUUUCGUCUACUUGCCACUGGGCUACCAUCUCAAUUCACAGUUAACUUAUGUCGCGGAUCUAUGCUCAAGAUAUAACAUCCCAGUCAUUCAAUCCGCUUUCAAAAUUGAUAUUAAACGGUAUCAAAAUCAAUUCUUCUAUUUUGUCGUCACAAACCAAGUAAUUGCACUAGGUGUUGAAAAUGUACUUCCAUUUGUCUUGGAGAAGGUCCUUCCUAUGAUAAAAGGUGAAAAUAAGGAAACUUCGGCUUUCAAGCAAGCUGAAAAAAAGAUGGUGAAAGACUAUCCAGAAGAUAUCGAAUUGUGGAAACAAGUGCGUAAUUAUAACUUGUCUCCCUGGGGCAUUUUUGAUCCCGAGGUUAUGGUCAGCAAAAUGAUUGUGCAGUUUGGAUAUGUUGCUAUGUUUUCAACUAUAUGGCCUUUGGCGCCCUUGUGCUGUGUCAUCUUCAAUAUUAUUGGUAUCAAAUGUGAUUUCUGGAGAUGCCUGAAUAAGUGUAAGCCGACGAGAAUUCCCAGCGACGCUUUAAACAAACCUGUUCAAUCUACGCAAAGCGGUUCGAAUAUUUCCUCGAAUAAUAUGGCCCCUUGGGAUACUAUUUUGAAGUUUGUCUUGUGGGUUUCGUCAUUGGUUUCCCCUGCGCUUGUCAUAAUGUACAAUACCUCCAACUUUGGAGGCUCUGGGUUGGCAAAUUGUUUAGAAAAGCGUGAAAAUUGGUUUUUAACCUCACCUGUUAAUUACGAUUGGAAGUUUAUUGGUAUUUUUGCUUUUGCUAGUGAGCAUUUUGCCAUAUUUUUGUAUAUUGUCAUCACUAAAGUAACGAAGCAGACUCAAGGCGACAAGAAGGACAGCUAUGUUCCAGCCAAGACUUUACAAGAGCCUCCGCAUGUUGAUUUAGAAAAAGUGAUGAAAGAGUCUGAGCAGUUUAUGGAGAAUAAAAAUUCUCAAUUAAAUUUAACAUCGAAAGCUGGAAACUUCGAUGCAGGGAAGCUCACUGAAAAAAGACAAACUAUGACUUCUAAAGACCCCUUAGGAAAAUCAGAAAAGAGUAAUGGAAUACAGCCGUCCGAAGCCGCACGUAUGGCACCGAUCACAAAGACAGCAACAUCUUCAAACUCUUCUGCCACAAGUGAAAGCAAUUCCAAUAAAGGGCCUCAAACAGCAAAGCCUUUCAACUCUGCACUAUCAUUAAGCUCCUCUGUUGCAGGCGCUACUGUUCCUGAAACUAUUCCAACAUCGAAGAAUUAUCAUCUGAGAUAUGACAAGAGCGGAAAUCCGGUUUCAUCCAACUCUCAAUCAAUGGUUGAUAUUGAGAAAAAAGAAUCAGUUGAGUCAAAACUAGAGCAAUCGUACAGCACGAAUAAGGAUUCUAAGGGUCCUAAUGACGAGCAAACUGAACCUAUGAGUGGGACAAAAAAUGACAUAGAACGCGAAACGAACAUGCCACAAACUGCUACACAACCCUCUGAGAAAGUUGAUAUUGGGGAGCAAUUUGUUCCAGAGAGUAUCAGAGAUACCUCUAAAACUCACCUAGUUACUAUUGCUAAUCACGAUCAGAAAUCGAUCAGCGAAGCUCCAAAAGUUGAUGCAACUCCUACCAAGCGGAUACAGCAAGAACCUCCAAUCACUUCUGCAGAUAAUCAUCAGAACUCGGUCAAACGUACUGAAGGAUUCCAUCGUCACUCAAUUGACGUGGCAAAUCAUACCGCAGAUACUUCGCGGCACAGUUCUUUGGCUAGCAGAAAAUCCUCUGAUGAGACAAGAUCGAUAAAGAAGAAAAAGAAAGGUGUUUUGUCACCCUUAAGCAAAUUGAAGAAGAAGUUUCCUUAA